CACGAGCCGGGGGCGGCCCCGGAAGUGACGUCACCGGGUACUUCCGCCGCUGUCGGUGCUGCGCCGGGGGCUUGGCUGUGAGGCUUGCGGAGCGUGUGCCCACCUCACUCAUCGUGGAAAGGGAUGUCUGUGCCAUUGCUUCCUUGUCACUGGUCCCUGCAGUAGCUCAUACUCAGUGCAAGAAAGAGGUAACCAAGCUUGGGCAGGACGAGGAGGUGUCUCAGGUACCAGAGUGCAGAGAAGGCACGGAGCUGGAGGUGUGAGCGUGGGUGCAGCUGGACAGGAGAACACAUCGUGAUGUUGGUGUCUUAGAGCUGAAACUAUGAGUGAGUUUCGGAUUCACCAUGAUGUCAAUGAACUGCUCAGCUUGCUGCGUGUCCAUGGAGGGGAUGGGGCCGAGGUCUAUAUCGACCUGUUGCAGAAGAACAGGACCCCUUAUUGUCAUUAAAUUACUCAUGUUUUUGCUUUUGAGGUUAAAAUUGCAGAGUUUUCUCGUACUCCAGAAGACUUUCUAAAGAAAUACGAUGAAUUGAAGUCUAAAAAUACAAGGAACCUUGACCCGCUUGUAUACCUGUUGUCAAAGCUCACAGAGGACAAAGAGACUCUACAGUAUUUGCAACAGAAUGCGAAAGAAAGAGCUGAGCUCACAGCCCCUGUGGGCAGCACCACUGGCUUCAGCGUCCCCACUGCAGCCUCCAAGAUCUCCAUGCAGGAGCUUGAGGAGCUGAGGAAGCAGCUCGGCAGCGUGGCCACGGGGUCCACCUUGCAGCAGUCUCUGGAACUUACAAGAAAGAUGCUUCGAGACAAGCAGAACAAAAAAAAUUCAGGCCAGCACCUCCCUGUCUUCCCAGCGUGGGUGUAUGAGAGACCUGCACUGGUCGGGGACUUCCUGAUUGGCUCAGGUUUAAGCACCGACACGGCUUUGCCUAUAGGCACGCUGCCCCUGGCCUCCCAGGAGGCGGCUAUGGUGGAGGACCUGCUCUACGUGCUGGUGGGUGUAGAUGGCAGGUACAUCACCGCUCAGCCCCUGGCUGGGAGGCAGAGCCGGACCUUCCUCGUGGACCCCAACCUGGACCUGUCCAUCAGGGAGCUAGUGAGCAGGAUCCUGCCAGUGGCAGCCAGCUACUCCACUGUGACCAGGUUCAUUGAAGAGAAGUCUUCCUUUGAGUACGGGCAGGUGAACCAUGCCCUGGCGGCCGCCAUGAGAACCCUGGUGAAGGAGUACCUGAUCCUGGUCACCCAGCUGGAGCAGCUGCACAGGCAGGGCCUCCUGUCGCUGCAGAAGCUCUGGUUCUACAUCCAGCCGGCCAUGCGCACCGUGGACAUCCUGGCCUCCCUCGCUGCUGCGGUGGACAAAAGUGAGUGCCUGGGGGGGUCGACGCUGAGCCUGCUGCACGACAGGAGCGUCAGCUGCACGGGGGACACCCAGGCGCAGGAGCUGUGCCUGCACCUGACCAAGGCGGCCAGCGCGCCCUACUUUGAGGUUCUGGAGAAGUGGAUAUACAGGGGCGUCAUCCACGACCCUUACAGCGAGUUCAUGGUCGAGGAGCACGAGCUGCGCAAGGAGAAGAUCCAGGAGGACUACAACGACAAGUACUGGGACCAGCGCUACACCGUGGUGCAGCCGCAGAUCCCAUCCUUCCUGCAGAAGGUGGCCGGCAAGAUCCUGAGCACAGGAAAGUAUCUCAAUGUGGUCAGAGAGUGUGGUCACCACGUCACUUGCCCCGUGGCUAAAGAGAUCAUCUACACGCUGAAGGAGCGGGCGUACGUGGAGCAAAUCGAGAAGGCGUUUGACCACGCCAGCAAGGUGCUGCUGGACUUCCUGAUGGAGGAGGAGGAGCUGGUGGCCCACCUGAGGUCCAUCAAGCGCUACUUCCUGAUGGACCAGGGCGACUUCUUUGUGCACUUCAUGGACCUCACCGAAGAGGAGCUCCGCAAGCCAGUGGAGGACAUCGCACCCCCCCGCCUGGAGGCCCUGCUGGAGCUGGCGCUGCGCAUGAGCACUGCCAACACGGACCCCUUCAAAGACGACCUCAAGAUUGACCUGAUGCCUCACGACCUCAUCACUCAGCUACUGCGCGUGCUGGCCAUCGAGACCAAGCAGGAGAAGGCAAUGACCCACACCGACCCCACCGAGCUCACGCUGAGCGGCCUGGAGGCCUUCUCCUUCGACUACAUCGUCAAGUGGCCCCUGUCUCUCAUCAUCAACAGGAAAGCUCUCACCCGCUACCAGAUGCUCUUCCGGCACAUGUUCUACUGCAAGCACGUGGAGCGGCAGCUCUGCAACGUCUGGGUCAGCAACAAGGCCGCCAAGCAGCACUCGCUGCACUCCGCCAAGUGGUUUGCUGGGGCCUUCACUCUGCGACAACGAAUGCUCAACUUUGUUCAGAAUAUUCAGUACUACAUGAUGUUUGAGGUGAUGGAACCAACCUGGCACAUCCUUGAGAAAAACCUGAAAUCUGUGAGUUUGAGCUCAAUAGAUCAUAACAUUGCAGUUGCCGAGACAGUGGUGGAGAAAACACGUGUUCAGUGGCGAAGGGGCAGCCUGGGGGUUACUGGGGCUCCAGGGCCGAGGUCUGAGGUGCACACUCCACAGGCGGUGCCAUUGCGGGACUGGGACGAGGGCCCAGUGGAAGAGAAAUUCACACAGAGCAUGAAGUUAGACGGCGAGCCGGGCCGGCCGACGCUGGAGCAGGGUGCACUGCUGGGGCCAUCCGCAGGGGCUGAGUGGGCCGAGGAGCGGGCCCGGAAGGAGCUCACCAGGAAGUACCUGGCCGAGCACGUGGACGCCCCCCAGCUGGCGUCCAGCUUCGAGGCCACCAUCAACAAGUUUGACCAGAACUUCUCUGCGCACCUGCUCGACCUCCUGGCCCGGCUGAGCAUCUACAGCACCAGCGACUGUGAGCACGGCAUGGCCAGCGUCAUCUCCAGGCUUGACUUCAACGGCUUCUACACGGAGCGCCUGGAGCGCCUGUCUGCGGAGAGGAGCCAGAAGGCCACCCCCCAAGUGCCCGUCCCACGGGGGCCCCCUGUCACAGUACCCAGGGUUGCGGUCACUGCGCAGUGAGCUGUUGGCCAUGGCUCGGAGGGAGGGUGUGGUGGGACCAGCAGGUGCCACGGUGUGAGCAAGUCCAGGAUUUUCCAGCCAGGUAUUCCUGAACACGUAUGUUCUGUGUGUGGUUUCUGUUUAAACAAAGUCCGAAUUAUCAACUUAGCCUGUUUCAUUUUACAGAAGCUGCCCAGAGUGAAUGUUGUUGAUUUGUUUGGUUUUUGAAAUUGGACUGUCACUGUUUUAGAUGUUCUUGGCCUUAAAUAAAGACAAAGUGAAAACAUGUCUA